AUGAUGUCGUACCUGAAAGUAAUGAUCAUAUGGAACAUACUUUGCGUAUCCGUGGUGAUCCUUUCACUGUCCUUGAUUCAAGAAGUGUCUUCUGAAGCAGUCUCCUGCAGAGGACGUUGCUUUGAAGCCUUUGAAAGAGGAAGAGAGUGUGACUGUGACGCAGACUGUGAAAGAUAUGGCAAAUGUUGCCCAGACUACACGGCACACUGUAAAGAGGCACACACAGAAAAGCCAUCACCUAAGACUCCUCCACCAAACAAAUCAACAUCUAAAAGGUCAUCCAAAAAUGAGGAGAAGAAGCCAGAGGAAGUAACGCAGCCCCAUGAAGUUAUGGAAGACUCUCCCACCACCCCCAAACCUGAAGACACAACUCCAGAGGCACCAACAACCAAGGCAGACUCGCCCACCACCCCCAAACCAGAAGACACAACCCCUGAUGCCACAGAGGUUCCAAUGACUGAGACAGACCCUCCGACCACCGCUAAGGUUGAAGAUAUGACCCCUGAGGUCACAGAGGAACCAGUGACUGAAGACGACACUCCCACCACCCCCAAAGCAGAAGAGCCAACCCCUGAAGCCACAGAGGCACCAACGACCAAGGCAGACCCUCCCACCACCCCCAAACCUGAAGACACAACCCCAGAGGCCACAGAGGCACCAACGACCAAGGCUGACUCUCUUACCACACCAAAACCUGAGGAGUCAACCCCUGAAGCCACAGAGGCACCUGCUGACUCUCUAACCACCCCCAAACCUGAAGACACAACCCCUGAGGCCACAGAGGCGCCAAUGACUUAGGCUGACUCUCUAACCACCCCCAAACCUGAAGACACAACCCCUGAGGCCACAGAGCCCAAACCUGAAGACACAACCCCUGAGGCCACAGAGGCGCCAAUGACUUAGGCUGACUCUCUAACCACCCCCAAACCUGAAGACACAACCCCUGAGGCCACAGAGGCGCCAAUGACUUAGGCUGACUCUCUAACCACCCCCAAACCUGAAGACACAACCCCUGAGGCCACAGAGCCCAAACCUGAAGACACAACCCCUGAGGCCACAGAGGCGCCAAUGACUUAGGCUGACUCUCUAACCACCCCCAAACCUGAAGACACAACCCCUGAGGCCACAGAGGCGCCAAUGACUUAGGCUGACUCUCUAACCACCCCCAAACCUGAAGACACAACCCCUGAGGCCACAGAGCCCAAACCUGAAGACACAACCCCUGAGGCCACAGAGGCGCCAAUGACUUAGGCUGACUCUCUAACCACCCCCAAACCUGAAGACACAACCCCUGAGGCCACAGAGGCGCCAAUGACUUAGGCUGACUCUCUAACCACCCCCAAACCUGAAGACACAACCCCUGAGGCCACAGAGGCGCCAAUGACUUAGGCUGACUCUCUAACCACCCCCAAACCUGAAGACACAACCCCUGAGGCCACAGAGCCCAAACCUGAAGACACAACCCCUGAGGCCACAGAGGCGCCAAUGACUUAGGCUGACUCUCUAACCACCCCCAAACCUGAAGACACAACCCCAGAGGCCACAGAGGCACCUAUGACUGAGGCUGACGCUCCAACUACUCCCAAACCUGGAGAAACAACCCCAGAGGCCACAGAGGCACCUAUGACUGAGGCUGACGCUCCCACUACUCCCAAACCUGGAGAAACAACCCCAGAGGCCACAGAGGCACCUAUGACUGAGGCUGACGCUCCCACUACUCCCAAACCUGGAGAAACAACCCCAGAGGCCACAGAGGCACCUAUGACUGAGGCUGACGCUCCCACUACUCCCAAACCUGGAGAAACAACCCCAGAGGCCACAGAGGCACCUAUGACUGAGGCUGACGCUCCCACUACUCCCAAACCUGGAGAAACAACCCCAGAGGCCACAGAGGCACCUAUGACUGAGGCUGACGCUCCCACUACUCCCAAACCUGGAGAAACAACCCCAGAGGCCACAGAGGCACCUAUGACUGAGGCUGACGCUCCCACUACUCCCAAACCUGGAGAAACAACCCCAGAGGCCACAGAGGCACCUAUGACUGAGGCUGACGCUCCCACUACUCCCAAACCUGGAGAAACAACCCCAGAGGCCACAGAGGCACCUAUGACUGAGGCUGACGCUCCCACUACUCCCAAACCUGGAGAAACAACCCCAGAGGCCACAGAGGCACCUAUGACUGAGGCUGACGCUCCCACUACUCCCAAACCUGGAGAAACAACCCCAGAGGCCACAGAGGCACCUAUGACUGAGGCUGACGCUCCCACUACUCCCAAACCUGGAGAAACAACCCCAGAGGCCACAGAGGCACCUAUGACUGAGGCUGACGCUCCCACUACUCCCAAACCUGGAGAAACAACCCCAGAGGCCACAGAGGCACCUAUGACUGAGGCUGACGCUCCCACUACUCCCAAACCUGGAGAAACAACCCCAGAGGCCACAGAGGCACCUAUGACUGAGGCUGACGCUCCCACUACUCCCAAACCUGGAGAAACAACCCCAGAGGCCACAGAGGCACCUAUGACUGAGGCUGACGCUCCCACUACUCCCAAACCUGGAGAAACAACCCCAGAGGCCACAGAGGCACCUAUGACUGAGGCUGACGCUCCCACUACUCCCAAACCUGGAGAAACAACCCCAGAGGCCACAGAGGCACCUAUGACUGAGGCUGACGCUCCCACUACUCCCAAACCUGGAGAAACAACCCCAGAGGCCACAGAGGCACCUAUGACUGAGGCUGACGCUCCCACUACUCCCAAACCUGGAGAAACAACCCCAGAGGCCACAGAGGCACCUAUGACUGAGGCUGACGCUCCCACUACUCCCAAACCUGGAGAAACAACCCCAGAGGCCACAGAGGCACCUAUGACUGAGGCUGACGCUCCCACUACUCCCAAACCUGGAGAAACAACCCCAGAGGCCACAGAGGCACCUAUGACUGAGGCUGACGCUCCCACUACUCCCAAACCUGGAGAAACAACCCCAGAGGCCACAGAGGCACCUAUGACUGAGGCUGACGCUCCCACUACUCCCAAACCUGGAGAAACAACCCCAGAGGCCACAGAGGCACCUAUGACUGAGGCUGACGCUCCCACUACUCCCAAACCUGGAGAAACAACCCCAGAGGCCACAGAGGCACCUAUGACUGAGGCUGACGCUCCCACUACUCCCAAACCUGGAGAAACAACCCCAGAGGCCACAGAGGCACCUAUGACUGAGGCUGACGCUCCCACUACUCCCAAACCUGGAGAAACAACCCCAGAGGCCACAGAGGCACCAACGACCAAGGCUGACUCUCCCAUUACCCCCAAAGCUGAAGAGACAACCUCAGAGGCACCUACUACCAAGGUAGGAUCUACUACUGUCCCUGGAUUAGUAACGACUGCUGAAGAAGACACAACCACUCAAAGCACUGAGGCACUCACAACAACUAGAAAGGAAACUGCCAUUCUUGAAGCAGACACAACAGUUUCAGAAAUAACAUCAGAAAAGAAAAUUACAACUCCCACACCCAGUGUAGCAACCAGCACAACUGCAAAAGACACGACUACAGCAGUACAAAGGACAGUGGCAACUGCAGCUAGUACUACUGGGAUUGUAACAACAACUGACAAAGUAGAUAAAACAGCUAAAACUGUUGCUGUUCCUAUAACAGAAGAGACGACAACUGAAAUAGAGACAACCAUGGUGAACAAAGAGAUAACAACACCCAAGAUAGACAAAACUACUGUGCUUAAAGACAUUUUAAUAAGUAGGAAAGACACAAGUACUGUAACUACAGUGAUAACAGCUAAACCAGAUGACUGUGGUAAGGACGAUAUUCCAAAUACAACUCCUACAGCCAAGCAAGCUGUCACUACAGCAGCUGAAUCAGAAGCAACUACUGCAGACAAAAAGACUUCAACAACAGCUGAAGAAGAAGUAACCCCAGCUAAACAAGACAAAUCUCCCAUACCAAAAGAGACUUUAACAGCCAAAAAAGAAGAAAGCCCUGUGGGAACAGCAACUGUAACAACAGCAGCUGCAGCAGCUACAACUCCCAUGCCCAAGCCCACUGUGUUGACAGCAACUGCCGAAAUAGAUUCAACUCCUAAACCCAGGGAGAUCGUGACAACAACUAAAAGAGACAAAACUAUGGAAACUAAGCAGACUGUAACAGCAGCAGCUAAAGAGAGCACAAGUACUACGUGUGGUGUUGUAGAGACAAUAACAGCUGGUGAAAAAGAGGUAACAACCGUCAAAGAAACUAGUAUCAUAGCUGAAAAAGAAAUGGAAGAUGCCACUGAGCAGGCCUCUAAUACUGACAAGGGAGAGGAAACUACAGUUACGAGAGAGGUCACUACAAGACCUAAAAAAGACACGAUAGAAGAAAUGUUUAUUGUUUCUAAAGGGACAUCCAAGCCAACUAUACAUUUCCAGGAGGUUACUGACACAAGAGAUGAGCCUCGUCCAUCUGACCCUGAAACUCUACCAGUAAAAGAAAAGCCCGAGAUAAUCAACAAGCCUUUAAUACAAACUGCAGAAUUGCCAAUUUUAACUGGAGAACCACAAGCCGAGAAGGACCUGUGCAGCGGGAAGCCGGCGGAUGGCAUGGUGGCCCUGCAGAACGGCACCCUGGCCGUCUUCCGAGGUCACUACUACUGGCUGCUGAAUGGCAGGAGCCCGCCAACGACCAGCCCCCGCCGCAUCAGCGAUGGCUGGGGCAUCCCGUCCCCAAUUGAUGCCGUCUUCUCCCGGUGCAACUGCGAUGGCAAGACCUUCUUCAUCAAGGGUCCCCUGUACUGGCGUUUCACUAAUGGUGUUAUGGAUAAAGGCUAUCCCAAACCUCUUGCGAAUGGAUUUGCAGGGUUAAGCGGAAAAAUAGUAGCAACCCUCCCCGUGGCAAGAUACAACAACAGACCAGAAUCUGUUUAUUUUAUCAAAAAAGAUGGCAACAUGCAACAGUAUGUGUACAGACAAGAACCAGCUAAGAAAUGUCAAAGAAGAACCCAGGUUACCAUAAAAUACCCAGCUUAUGUCCCAAGACUUGUAAUAAGGAGACGCUUUCAACGUGCAGUGAGAAUGCCAACCGUUAUUCAGAACGUCAGAAUCAGCCCAUAUCCAUCUGGAGUUUUGCGUAAGGAAAUCAAAAUGACUACCUACUGGAGAGGGCUCCCGAAAGUAAUUCAUUCAACUAUAUCACUACCCAACCACAAUAAGCCAGAUGGCUAUGACUAUUAUGCCUUCUCUUACAAUCGGUACUACAGUUUGGAUGUUGGCAAAAGAAUAGCAAGACCUGUUACUGCUCUCACAGGAAAGACUGUAUCCAAAGACUGGUACAACUGUCCUAGCAAGUGA